AUGCCGCAUUGUCUCCAGAGUGAGUCACAAGGGGACGCGCCACUUCGAAUGGGUUUCAUGUCCGAAAGGGAGCGAACAGGCAGCGGCACGGCAACCGAGCGCUCGCUGCACAGCUCGCAAUCCCCUCAGCGCAAUGCCGCGGCGUCCACCAUGCGCACGCUUCCCAUCUACGAGGCUCUCCUACAGAAGGGCCGACUAAUGCAGGAGCAUCGAGAGCGGCUUCGGCAGGAGGCAAUCGAGCGAGAGAUGCGUGAGGCGCCUCGCUCCGCACGCCGCCUUCCACCCAAGGGUCAACGCAUCGAGGACAGACUGCUUCAGAGGGCCAAGGAAAAGCACGCGCUGGAGAAGAAGGCUGAGCAGGUGCGGGUGGAGCGCGAGGCUGAGGACCUGGCAGUCAUCGCUCCCUUUCAUCCUCACAUUUCAACCCGCGCCCUGGAGACUAAAUCCCGUUACAAGGAGCCACCGCCCGACCGGGCCGCGUGGCGGGUGAGGCGUUUGGCAGAGCUUGCGCAAAUGUGCCAGAGUUCGGGUGCGGAGGUGCUGGAGGAGCUUCAGGAUGUGCCGUCCAUCAACCCACGCUCUGCGAAGCUCGCUGCCCUGAAGAAGGUGAGAGAGGGUCUGGAUGGGGUACCCGUGCCGGAUGCCCUCCUUCUCAGUGAGGAUCGCCGUCGAUUGGCUCAGUGGCAGACAGCGGAGGCGGAGCGGGAGGCUCGGUCGCACACAGGCCCUUCUAUCACUCGGCGCGCCGCACGUAUGCGGCGCGUCGGCAGUGUUGGCGAUCGCCUGCAUGCGGAAAGCUACGAAGUUGCGAUUCGCCACUUGCAGCGCGAGGUGGCGUGGCGCGAGGUCCACGCACCGUUUCGGCCGCUCGUCACUCCGCUAGGCGCUGUGACGGCGCCACGAUAUCAACGUGAAGGCGGCACAGACGCGCACACACGAACUCUGAAGGGCUCCCGCAUUUUCUCGCGUCAGAGCUCGGCGCCACGGGACUCUUUUCAGCCCUCCAUCAACCCCGUUAGUGCGGCGAUUGCGCAGCGGCUGCCGGAGACAGCAAUGGAGCGGCUGUGUCGGCCCAGCGCUGUUCAUUCUCUUGCCUCCUAUGUCGAUCCCGCCAGUUUCACAGACGCGUCUGGUGUGUCCCCGUCUCCGUCUGUUGCCGCACGUAGUCAGACUCGUUGCUGCUUGCUGCGUACGCCGUCUGCGCACCAGCAGCACGGUGCUGUGUCAAACACCCCUUCCUCGACGUCAGGUGCCCUUCCCAGCUCUGUGGUUGCCUCUCUGGAUGCGUAUGAGCGCCGGCGACAGAGGCAGCUGGAGGCGCUGCGCAAGGAGCAGGCGGAGCACGAGCAACGGGAGUGCACGUUUCAGCCGCAGAUCAACGCACAAACGUCGUCUUUGAAGGACGCCGUUGCGAGCGGGAGCGGCCAGCGCGGCCCCAGCGCCGUGGCGCGGCGGAGCGGCGAGUGGCAGCGGCAGCGAGAGCGGCAUCUCGAGACGAUGCGGCAGUGGCAAGCGGAGCGGGCGGCGGCGGCAGAGCAGACGAUGGAGACGCACGUGGGAGGCGGCGCUCGCACGGCGGCGGCCUCCUCCUCGCCGCUAUCUUACAGUGUCUACGGCGGCGAUGGCACUCCCUGGGGAGUGGAGGAGUACCUUGCCAGGCAGCAACUCGCGCGCGCGAUGCGACAGAGGAUGCAGGAGGCUUUAGAGCGCCACAGCGUCUCUGUCGAUGGACGUGGUCACCCAUCUACCUUAUCGGUGCCGCCUCCAGCCAGGAAGCAAAUGGGGCUGGAUCACCGCGUGCACAGCUUUAGCAUGCUGGGCCGAAGAUCCUCUCUCAUUCGCAGCUUGCCGCCGGCUGUGCCCACGUCUCAGGAGGCAGCCAUUGCCCAUAUGUUUGCCUCUGCGGAAGAGGUUUCCAGCGGCGGCUGCUGGUGA